AUGUUUUAUUCGAGAGGCUUUGAGCAAGUGUUAGUGUUAUUGUGUGUCCUUGCCGCGGCGGGCGGGGCGGACAGCGAAACGAAGAAGGCACCGUGCGAAGUCACCGUUCAGGACGUGAAUAACCUUACGCUGAACUGCUCCCGUCGCGGUAUCGAAAGUGUGCCUCAAGACUGGCCCGAGAAAAUCGACGCGGUGCCGGAUAAAGACGGCCACGUGCUGCUGACAUUCUUCAACAACAGCAUAACGAACGUGACGCAGCUGCCUCGGAUCCCGGGCAAUAGGGUCGCGAUCAGCUUCAAGUCCAACGCCAUAAUCGAAAUAGAGGAUGACGCGUUCAGAAACGUACAGCGCUUGGUGUAUUUGGAUCUGAGCAACAACCGUAUAUCAGGCGAAGUGCUGAGGACCGAAAUAUUCCAAGGGCCUUACAACGAUGGAGUGUACAAUAGCAUCGCUCUGGAAACGUUGAACCUCGGACACAACGAGAUACAUUCAUUGGACCGAUACCUGUUCAAGUACACGCCAAACCUCACGCGGCUUUAUCUCAACAACAACCCCAUGGAACUGCUCGACCACGUCACAGUCCUGGCGCUGUCCAGUGCAACCAACUUGGAGGUUCUAGAUUUGGCUAGCACCGACAUCAGCACGAUACCCUUAGACGCUUUCAGAGGUCUGGUUAACUUGCAACAGAUCGAUCUUUCUGGAAAUAAAUUCGUGAACGUGCCCGAGAGCCUGAGCUUGGUCGGCAGCACACUGCAGUAUCUCACAUUCAACAACAAUCCCAUAGUGGAACUCAACGAUGACAGCUUUGUUGGAUUAACAAAUCUGGUGCAAUUAGAAGUCGGGGAAAAUGAUUACUUAGAGGAAGUAAAGCGGGGUACGUUCACGCCGUUAAAAAAGUUGCGCAUACUCCACCUCUGUCACAAUGCGAAUCUGAGGUACAUUAGCCAUAAUGCUUUUCGCAAUCUGAAGGAAAAAUGGACACUGAAGGAGGUAUACUUGGAUGAUAACAAUUUGAGUGAACUAUCCACAGACUUAAUGCCUUGGAAUAAAUUAGACAUAUUGGGAAUGACAGGCAACAGUUGGCUUUGCAAUUGUGAUCUAGCUAAUAUUGUCACAAAGCAAGAAGCAGGAACAAAAUUCAAAGGUGGAGACAUUCCAUACUGUGCAGCACCAAUGAAAAUGACUGGCACUUAUAUCACAAAUAUAUCAAUGGCAUUCUGCCCCACAUUUGAUACAACAUUUGCCUCAAAAAGAGGGAGUAUUCGUUUCAUGGAUGGCCGAGACAUGUCUCGCGGGGGGCGGGCGGGCGGAACGCGAAAGGAGCCGCCGCCGAGCGCAGUGAUCUCCGCGCGCUCCUUUGUUAUCAGCGGCGGC